AUGUCGCGCCGCGUGGUCGCGGCUUCCGCCAGCGGCGACAGCCGGAGUCGAAGCCCGAGCGCUCGCAGCAGCGCUCAAGGCGUACAGAGCGCGCAGGGCGCGCAAAGCGCUCAGAGCGGUCCCCCUGCCGCGGGAACUCCGCUGCUCGGCGGCCUGGGGCGGAACGGCGAGCGCGCGGAGGUUUAUCCGCGUGCGGCUUUUGUGGGCGAGUGUGCGGAACGGCAAGUUCCGCAAGAGCAGACGGAGAUGGAAGAGGUGCUUGGCGCGGGGGGCGGCGGGCGGAACGGCGGAACUCCCUCCGAGACGCUUGCGCGGAUCACGGCGCUGUACGGGGCGAGGCAGCUUGCGACGGACGCGCCGCGGCUGCUACAAUCAACGUCUGCUCACGGAGACGAAAUCGCGACGGCAGCAGCUGCGGAGGAGGCGGAAGUCCGCGGACGGUUCGGCGAGGAGGGCGCCGAGGGCGCGGAGGGCGCGGAGGGCGCGGAAAGCGGAACGUACGAGGGCCUGCUGGAAGCGGUGAUUCGCGCGCGACCGGCGCCGGCGGAAGCGCAGGAAGGAGGCGGAAGCGGUGCUACUAUUACGCGCGGCGGAGCGGCGGAGAAGGGAGGGAUUAGGUUGGCGGAGAUCGCGCCGUGGGGAAACUCCGCGUCGACGGAAGCAUCUUUAGCGGAGCUUGAGGCGUCAAUAUCCGCGCUACAAGCAUCCCUGCUACUACAGCAACAGCAACACCAGCCGCAGCGGAAGGAACAACCGGCGCAGCCGCAGCAAGAGGGACAAAAGCGGGAGGACGGGGCGAGCGGAGAAUGGUAUUCCGCGCAAGUUGACAGCAAGGGGAACGACAGGGCGGAACAAUUCGGCGAAACCCUAGACUCGGAGAGGAAAACCUCGCUUGUCGGGGGAACCAAUUCGCAAAACGGAAAGUCCCGUUUGAGUUCCCAGUUCCCAGUUCCCAACUCGCAAUCAGAAGGCGGAAAUUUCGACCCCCAGUUCGAAUCAGUCACCUUGAGAACAUUCGCCGCCUGGUCGGACGUGCAUUGCGGCGCUUUCGCCGGCGGCGGCGCGCGCGGAAAUGCGGCGGCGGAAACUGCGCAACCCGCGGAAACGGCAGUCGCUGCGCGGCCGCUGCGGCUGCUCUCCGCGGUGGACCCGAAUCAAGAGGCAAUGGUCGCGCUCGCCGCUUCCGCGCCCCCCCCAGUCGAUGACAAUGUGCGCGGAGAUGUGGCGGAAGCCGCGCGUCCUUUCCGCAGCCGCCUGCUCUCCGCGGUGGACCCGAAUCAAGAGGCAAUGGUCGCGCUCGCCGCUUCCGCAUCCCCCCCAGGCGCGCCCCUCGCCAUUCCGCUGCUGCAGCCCAACCCCUUCCCCGCGAGCUUCGGCGCCGCCAGCGCCGCGCUGCGCGCGCGGAAAAGCGGCAGCGAAUCCGCGGCGCGCGCGGCUGCUGACACCUCCGCGGCGGCGGAUCCGCACAGUCGGAGCUUCGCCCGCGCCCGCAGCAGUGGCGGCGGCGCCCGCAGCAGCGGCGGCGGGAGCGGCGGCGGCAGCAGCGGGACGAGCGGCGGCGGAGGGGGGCGAGCAUUCAUUAUUCCCGCGAGCCUAUCAACCACCUUCUCCCCCUCCUUCUCCUCCCCCUCCGCUGCAGCCUCAUCGCUCUCCCCGUCGUCCACUGCAGUUCUCGGUGCUCUUCCCGCCCUCCAACCCUCCAAUCAGAGUCCUGGAUGUGCCAGCACCGCUCUUCCCUCUCCACACCUGCUCCCAACGUUCACGUUGCAGCGCCCAAGCCGCCCUUCCGCCCAAGUGCAGCGUUCAGAAGGAUGCACGGUGUGUGGGGCACAAGGGGUUGAUGUGAAGGUGGCAAUGGGGACAAUGGGACUUGCCUGCUUCACCUGCCUGGCAUUCACCAAACCUGCCUUUGCCGAGCCUGACUCAGCCGAGGGGGUCCCCGCCGAGGCUGUCUUUGCCGAGGCUAUCUCUGCCGUGGCUAUCGCGGACCCCAGUCUCCGGACCUCCUUGGCAGACUCGGCGGCUGCCGAACCUCAACCCAACAAGCAGGUUCAACAGAAGGAGCUGGAAAAAUUGGGGAUUUUGGAAAGGGAGAUGUUGCCCCUGCCCUGGGAACAAGGGUUGGAACAGCAACUGCUUUUCCUGCAGCAGCAGCAGCAGCAACAGCAGCAACAGCAGCAGCAACAGCAGCAACAGCAGCAGCUUCAGCAGACAAGCAGCGGAGACCUUGCUGCGGUUGUUGCUGCUGCUGUUGCUUCAGGCACCGUCGCAAGCACCCCCAGAACAGGCAGCAACACUCUCGGCUGCGGCAGCAGCUUCAGCCGCAGCACUACCGUCAGCAGCAGCAGGAGGAGAGGCGACCUUCCCCAGAUGCACCUGGAUUCGUUUCUAGGUGCCACCUGCAACACAAGCACCACUGGGAACAGUUAUGGAUUCACAGCUGCUAGCAGUAACCUCCUUGCUGCUGCUAUUCCUGUUCCCGCUGCUGCUACUGCUGCAGUGGGGGUGAAAGGAACAGCAGAAGCAGCAGGAGUAGCAGCAGCAGGAGCAUUAGCAGGAGCAGCAGGAGGAGCAGGGGAGGAAAGUGGCCGAGAUAUACAAGGCAUGAUCGAAGCAAGCAUCCGAGCCAACGAAUUUGCUUUGGAGCGGAUGGCUGGGGAGAAGAGGUUCGGUGGGUGGCUUGGGCGGGGCAGGGGCUGCAGCGGUGGCAGCACUGUGUGCAGCAGCAGCGGCAUUGGCAGACCCAUCCUUGGUGCUUCAGCUGCUGCUGGCUCUGCAGCUCCUGCUGCUCCAAUUUCUCCUGCUGAUGCUCUUGUUUCUGCUUCUGGCGGUGCGUCUCGUGGUGCUGGUGUUGCCGCAGCGGGUAAAGCCCGUGGGCUGUCGGACCGGCCUGCAUGGCAGGUGAAGCGGGGCCGAAGAUUGCAGUUCCGCACCUAA